CACAGCCCCCGGACGUAACUCUCGUCUGUCCCUGCCCGCCCGCACACGAGGCGGGCGCGAGACGUCCUGGUGACGGCAUCCAGGGGAAGAGGCCCCGCGCCAGCUGCUGGGGUUUGUCCGCAGAAUAUUCUCUCGCUGCUGAGAUUAAUCUCAUUUCGGAGUCGGAGGGGACGGCUUCGCAUACCAUCUGUGGCCAACCACAUGUCACGAACAUGCACUACUUACCGUAUGUUGGCGCGGGAGUGCGCCGGCCGGGGGGGCCUAGCCCAGCUUCGGGCGCACGCAAUAUCGCUAGCCCGCAUUAGCACAGCCAUGCCCGAGAUACACCUCCCACCGCCCUCGGAGGAUGCAAUGGGAUUUGUCGGGGGGGAUCAGGGCGUGAUCAGGCUCGCAGUGAUUGCGCUCGCGUCCGCAUCUCGCAUCUUGCACCUCCCAUCUCGUAGCACACCCGCCGGCUCGGUCUCACCAUCUCGGUACGCCUCAGCUCGUCUGCGCGUGUCUUCCGGGCGCGAUCUCUACCGCCGAUGGGGGGGUGCUUGGUACUCAGGUGCAGGCUGGACCUCCUUGGAGCACGCUCGGGUGGUCUUGAUCCUUGGCUCGCAGCGAACGGGCUUGCCACACCUGGGUGUAUUCCCCUCUAGUUUCCCCUAUCUUGGUCACGGCUUAUGGGUGCUUCUGACUUCGCAGUGAGGUCGCAGUAAUUGAAUUUGACCGGAGCACAACACCCCGAACACCUGCGCGAUAGGCAGAUUCGGGCACGGCAUCUCCUGCACCUGAUCAUCCCGAAUUCAAUCGGUAGGCAGGCCUUUAGUCACCAUUGACGUCGACAUGUCGGCCGACGCGCCGUACUCGAUCAACCAUUGCCGCCGAACCACAUACCAUUGCCUUCUUGACGCGGUCCUUUGUUCGAUUGUCG